CAGCCCCAGUUGUGAAAGGCACCAUGCCCUCCUAUACAGUGACUGUGAGUACGGGCAGCCAGUGGUUUGCUGGCACAGAUGAUUACAUCUACUUUACUCUUGUGGGUACAAAUGGCUGCAGCGAGAAGAACCUGCUGGACAAAGCUUUUUACAAUGAUUUUGAGAGGGGAGCGAUUGAUUCUUACGAUGUGACGGUAUCAGAGGACCUCGGCGACAUCCAACUGAUAAAAAUUGAGAAGCACAAAUAUUGGUAUAAAGACGACUGGUACUGCAAACAUAUCACAGUGAAGACGCCCUCCGGGGAAUACCUGGAAUUUCCUUGCUACCGGUGGGUCGUGAACGAUAAGGAGAUUGUUCUUCGGGAAGGAACGGCCAAGCUGGCUCACCAUGAUAUUACACAAAUACACAAGCAGCACCGGAGAAAGGAGCUGGAAGACAGACAGAAGUUGUACAGGUGGAAAGAAUGGCACCCUGGUUUUCCACUGAGUAUUGAUGCCCACUGUCACAGUGACCUGCCGCAUGAUAUACAGUUUGACAGUGAAAAGGGGGUGGAUUUUGUCUUAAAUUAUACCAAAGCGAUGGAGAACCUUUUUGUGAACAGCUUUAUGCACAUGUUCCAGUCAUCUUGGAGCGACUUUGCCGACUUUGAAAAGAUAUUUGUGAGGAUCAGUAAUACAAUCUCAGAGUACGUUAUGCAGCACUGGCAGGAGGACUUCAUGUUUGGUUAUCAGUUCCUUAAUGGCUGUAACCCGGUAUUGAUUAGAAGGUGCAAAGAAAUUCCAUCCAAUUUCCCAGUGACAAAUGAGAUGGUAGAUUGUAGUCUAGAGCGCAAACUGUCCCUGGAGCAGGAGAUAGAGGAAGGAAACGUCUUUAUUGUGGAUUAUAAAAUGCUGGAAGGUAUCUCCAGUAACAAGACUGACCCCUGCACCCUCCAGUACCUAGCGGCGCCCAUCUGCCUGCUGUACAAAAACUUGGAGAACAAGAUUGUGCCCAUAGCAAUCCAGCUCAGUCAAGCACCCGGCCCAGAAAAUCCAAUCUUUUUGCCUUCUGAUUCCCAUAACGACUGGUUGUUGGCUAAAAUCUGGGUCCGCUCAUCAGAUUUCCAUAUUCACCAAACGGUCAGCCAUCUCUUGCGCACCCAUCUGCUGUCUGAGGUCUUUGCCAUCGGCAUGUUCCGGCAGCUCCCGUCUGUGCACCCCAUAUUUAAGCUCCUGGUUCCGCACGUACGCUUCACCAUCGCCAUCAACACGAAGGCACGAGAACAGCUCAUAUGCGAAUGCGGUUUGUUUGAUAAGGCGAACGCCACAGGGGGAGGAGGCCAUGUGGAACUGGUGAUACGGGCGAUGGAGGAAUUUAAGUAUGGGUACUUGUGCUUCCCAGAAUCCAUACAACUCAGAGGGAUGGAGAGCAAAAAAGAUAUUCCAUAUUACUUCUACAGGGACGAUGGCAUGAUGGUCUGGGAAGCCGUAAAAAAUUUUGUUUCUGAUAUAGUGAACAUUUACUAUGAAAGUGAUGAGAUUGUGUGUGAGGACCAUGAGCUUCAGGCCUUCGUAAAGGAUGUGUUUGUGUACGGCCUGCGAGACAACGAGGCAUCAGGGUUUCCGAAAUGUCUGAAGACAAAAGAGAAACUAAUAGAAUACCUAACCCUGGUGAUCUUCACCGCUUCUGGGCAGCACGCAGCCGUUAACUUCGGUCAGUAUGACUGGUGCUCCUGGAUACCCAACUCCCCCCCCACCAUGCGCUGCCCCCCGCCCACAGAAAAGGGGGAAGUCACCAUCGAGUACAUAAUUGAAAGUUUACCGGACAGAGGCCGCUCUUGCUGGCACCUUGGAGCUGUUUGGGCUCUUAGUCAAUUCCAGGAAAAUGAAUUAUUUCUAGGUAUGUAUCCAGAUGAACACUUUGUUGAGAAAUCAGUGAAGGAAGCUAUGGCGAAAUUCAGGAAGUGCCUGAGUGAUAUAACAAGCAUCAUACAAGACCGAAACAAGAACAAGAAGCUGCCAUAUUAUUAUUUCUCACCAGACAGGAUCCCAAACAGUGUCGCUGUAUGAACCGAGCAGGAAACUGGGGGCCACACUGCAUGAGGAAUGAAUGGACCUACCUGGGGUCACUAUAAAUAACACCCCGGACUGUCUAUAGUGAGAUCACCAGCAGUGUCUCUAAAUCUCAAAGAACCUGAAGCUCAGAUGUGAGCUCAGCCAAUCACAAGCUCCGCAGUAAUUCUAUGAUAUUCAGUGCAGAGAAUACUGACUCCCCCUUGAGGAUAAUGACUGCAUUGAUGCACCCCCUAUCUAAGUUAAAGGGACAGUCUACUUGAUUUAUGUUAUUGUUUAGAAAGAAAGAUAACACCUUUACUAUCCAUUCUCUAGGUUUGCACAACUAACAAUGUUAUAUUAAUAUUCCUUAUAACCUCCAAGUUUGCCUGUGUCUAAGCCCCAGCAGACCGCCCUUAUCUCAGUGCUUUUUAAAUCUUGCACAACAGCUAGACAGUGCUAGUUCAAGUGUGCCAUAUAUAUAACAUUGUAAAAAGCAUUGAGAUAAGGAGCAGUCUGCAGAGGCUUAAAUACAAGGCAUCACAAAGGUAAAACGUAUAUUAAUAUAACUGAGAUAAGGAGCAGUCUGCAGAGGCUUAGAUACAGGGUAAUCACAGAGGUAAAAAAUAUAUUAAUAUAACAGAGAUAAGGAGCAGUCUGCAGAGGCUUAGAUACAGGGUAAUCACAGAGGUAAAGUAUAUUAAUAUAACUGAGAUAAGGUGCAGUCUGCAGAGGCUUAGAUACAAGGUAAUCACAGAGGUAAAAAAUAUAUUAAUAUAACAGAGAUAAGGAGCAGUCUGCAGAGGCUUAGAUACAAGGUAAUCACAGAGGUAAAGUAUAUUAAUAUAACUGAGAUAAGGUGCAGUCUGCAGAGGCUUAGAUACAGGGUAAUCACAGAGGUAAAAAGUAUAUUAAUAUAACUGAGAUAAGGAGCAGUCUGUAGAGGCUUAGAUACAAGGUAAUCAUAGAGGUAAAAACUAUAUUAAUAUAACUGAGAUAAGUAGCAGUCUGCAGAGGCUUAGAUACAAGGUAAUCACAGAGGUAAAAAGUAUAUUAAUAUAACUGAGAUAAGGGGCAGUCUGCAGAGGCUUAGAUACAAGGUAAUCGCAGAGGUAAAAAGUAUAUUAAUAUAACUGAGAUAAGGAGCAGUCUGCAGAGGCUUAGAUACAAGGUAAUUACAGAGGUAAAAAGUAUAUUAAUAUAACUGAGAUAAGGGGAAGUCUGCAGAGGCUUAGAUACAAGGUAAUCACAGAGGUAAAAAGUAUAUUAAUAUAACUGAGAUAAGGGGACAGUCUGCAGAGGCUUAGAUACAAGGUAAUCACAAAGGUAAAAAGUAUAUUAAUAUAACUGAGAUAAGGAGCAGUCUGCAGAGGCUUAGAUAGAUACAAGGUAAUCACAGAGGUAAAAAGUAUAUUAAUAUAACUGAGAUAAGGAGCAGUCUGCAGAGGCUUAGAUACAAGGUAAUUACAGAGGUAAAAAGUAUAUUAAUAUAACAGUGUUGCUUAUGCAAAACUGGGGAAUGGGUAAUAAAGGGAUUAUCUAUUUUUUUAAACAAUAACAUUUUUCAAGUAUACCGUCCCUUUAAUAAAGGACUGGGGUUCAGACAAAUCGCUUGCAGUAAGCUUCACUAUAUAUCUGUAGCAUUAGAUGUUAGUUUUGUGAAAAGGGCAAGGGGAUCUCUAUUAAUACUAAAACAAAAAAAUGUAAUUACAAAUCUAUUUCAUUGUGGGAUACACUUAUGAGUCCCUGUAUUUUAGCUCAUAUGUUGCCCUGGUAGCACUCACCCAGAUACCUUCAGUGUACCCCGGGGUACAGUCAGUUUCACCAGUUCCUGUCACUCACUAAGGAAUAGACAGCAGAGUGAGAUUUAGUGAGUUGGUAACAGAAUAAACUGGUUAGUGAAUCUCCCCCAUUCUCUCUCUCACCUCUCCAAUAUGUUAUUGUCUAAAAGUAGCCGUCAUCACACAAAGUAAAUCAUAUUUGUAGCUCAUUAUUACUGCAGAAAUAUUUAUUUAUCAGAGGACACAUGAUCUUGUAUUGAGUUCUACUGCAUCAUCUCUGUAAGUUUCAAUAAAUAAAAAUGCUUCAUACUAACUA